GUUCCACAAUGGGCGGAAUUAGUUCCAUUGGAGGGGAAGUACGAAGUAGUGCCCCACAUCUCCACUACCCCUCCACCCGUCCCCUGAACUCUCCUGAAAGUUUAUCCCGCCUUACUUCCACUACACUAAAACAGACCUUGAGUAAAUAUGCCAAAAUACUACUACAACCCCAUUGACUCUCUUAGUUCUAAUUCCUGGAACACCAUCAAUCCCUUCAUCCUGAGUGACACUUUCUUAGCUAUACAAUCACAAAAUGCCAGACCUCCACACCCUCCCCGCGGGCUCCUAUCCCACCAAAGCCGUGAGAAACAACGGCUCCGACAACCUCGCCCUCGAGCGCUUCAAGCUGCGAGAAUUGGCUGAGGGAUGGCCUAUGUACCGCGACGCAUGCGAAUGGGAGAACCUCCUCUCCAUCUUCCACCCCUCGGCCUACAUCUACACGACCUGGACUGGGCGCACGCACCACCUCGACUUCAUCGCGGCGUCCAAAGCCGGCAUGGACAAGGGCGCAUUCAUCAUGCACCGGUGCCACGGGUCGUCUACGGACAUCAACGUCGAAGCGACGCGGGCGGUGACGAAGAUGAAGGCGACGAUCACGCAGCGGUUUGAGAUCGAGGGGUGUGAGGUUGACGCGGAGAGCGACUGUCGGUUCUGCUUUUUCUGGGAGAAGCAUGAAGGGGAGUGGAGGGCGAUGUUUGUGCGGCAUUGGUACGAGAAAGAUAAACUGAUCCCAAUAAACCCGAACAAGGUGCCGAAGUUGGACGAGGCGAAACUGGCGACGUAUCCGAGCGGGUAUCGCUAUCUGGCGUACUGCCAGGAGCUCACGAUGGGCGUGAAGGUGAUGUUGGACAUGCCGGGACACAGGCGGGAAGGCGAUAGUGUGUGUGGGAAGAAGCAUGAUCAACUGUACUGGCAGUGCCAGCAGUGGGUUGAGGGUGAGAAGGUAGAUAUUUGAUUUAGCUUUGUAUCAUAAAGGCCUUUGCAUGAGGACCUUAUUGAGUGUGUACGAAGUAGCUGACGGUUGUGUGUGUCAUGCAGCUUGUCGUUUUGGUGGAAGAUGCGAAUUUUGCGAGGCUGAAGAUGUAAAGUCGCUAUUACGGCCGUUGCGUGGAUGCGUUCAAGAUUCAUAGUCGAAUUUACUUAAGCGUAUUGACAUAUAUACGUUAGUCUAGUUGACGAU